AUUUCUACAGCCCUACUUUCACUUUCAUUUAAGUGAUUGUGUGACUGUGACGUCAGCUAAAUUUGCUAGUUUUAAUAAGGUUCACAAACACUUUUCAAUAAUUUCUGCAGAAUGGUACUUUUCAAUAUGGCAUUGGUUGUAUUAGCUGGAAUGCGAUCUGGUAGACCUGUGUUGAGAAUUUUGAUUGACAGUAAUGGAUUCAGAAAGAAGAACUAAAGUACCAGAACAGCUGAUAAGGUCAAAGAAUCAUCAGCCGUUGAAAGAUUUAAAUUAUAUGCAGUCAUCUAACUCUAGAUAUAAUACUAGCAACAAAGAUUUCAAAUCAACAAUGGAAUCAGAAAAACCAAAACAGAAACUUACGCUAAAAGAAUAUCGUGAACGUUCCAAGUCUAAAAGCCCUGGGAAACCAGAGGAUGAUCUUAGUAAAGCAAUUGAAAAGGGACUAGAGAGUAGAGGUGAUAAACAAGUAUCUGAGAUUGCUAUGUUAGCUAAUGCUAGUAUUAGAGAUGAGAGGGCAAUGAGUAUAGAUGAGGUAGCUGAUGUUAGUAUAGACCUGGCUAAUAUGAGUAUUGAUCAGACAGAUUUCUUUCUUGAUGAAAAAUCUGGAGAGCUUGUUGGUAAUAAAAAAGAAAAAGAAAUUGGAGUUGUUGAAGAACAAGGCUCUCAAAAGCCAACCAAUAAAUUAAAGUUGAAAAAAUCUGUAAGUUUGACCAAAGCUACUGAAAAUGAUGUUAGAAAGAUGAGAUCUGAAAAAUCUGACAGUUCUUUAACAUUGAAAGCUGAAAAUAAAUCAAAUGCUCCACAUGUUAAUGACAAUAAUGGAAAAUUUGAUUUAUCAUUGUCAGAGCGAGUAAGAAUAAAGUCUGGUGGUCCUCAAACUGUGACAGAGAAAGAUAUAAAAUCUGGUAUAUCUGAAAAAAUUAACCAGCCUGGUACUAUAAAACCAGUAAGUAAGGAGAAAGUUGUGACUGGUUCCCCAGAAAUUAUUGAUCUUACCUCUGACGAGGAAAGUCCAGUACCAGUCAAAUCUGCAACUCAUGGCUUAGUACAUACAGAAACAAAGAAUCAAGACAAAAAGAAACCAGAUAAUGUUGGUGAAAUGUUUGGUAUGGGAAUGAAGCAGCAGCUACAAUCAUUUCAAGCUCUUAACAAACAACCGGCACCAGAUGUUAUAUCUGUACCACAGAACUCCCAGCAGUGGACUCAGGCAAGAGAUUCAGCUCAAUCACAUGGCUUCAAGCCAGGAACUGCACAGUUAGAACAACAAGUUAAAGCUGAUAUUGCAAGAAGGAAUGAACUGUCCAGACUUCUAGAAAAACAAAAGACUAUAAUAGCUACAGUGAAUAUGUCCCAGUUACCAGACAGAGGAGAAAAAUUACGUGAAAAUGUAAACAGCAUAACGAGGAAUAUUGCAGAUUUGACAAUAAAGAUCAAACAGAAUGUAGAGAUAUUAAACAGAAAGCAGACUGAACAACAGAGUACAAGUCGGCAACAAAUUGCCCACACACAGGGUGUAUCUCAACCAAAAGUUAUCAUGAUCCGUCCAGAUGGUACUGUAAUUAAACAAGAGCAGGUGAGUCAUUCCCAACCAUCAAGCCAGCCUCAAGUGAUCAAAAUAUUUCCCAAUGGUUCAUCAGUUGUUCAACAACAAGGAAACUACCAAGCACACAAUCCUGACAACCUGAAACAGACAAGUUUGUUACCACAUGUAGCUCAAAUACCACCUCAUAUUUUACAACAGAUGUAUGCAGCUAAUCCCCAGGCAAUGCAGUUAUAUGGGGGUAGGAUGACAGCAGCUAGGUUGAGAGAAGUUGGCAGUGUAACAAAGGAAGCUAUUGAAAGAUUGCACAAACAGUUGGAGACUUGUCCUAAAUCAACAGAAGAGUUAGAAGAUCCUCGAGGUGUAGUUGUACCAUUAAUGACUCACCAGAGACAGGCAUUGAUGUGGUUAGUGUGGAGAGAAAGACAAACUCCCUCUGGUGGUAUACUUGCUGAUGAUAUGGGUCUAGGUAAAACACUGACUAUGAUUUCACUGAUAAUAAAACAGAAGGAGUUACGGAAAGGUGGUAGUGAGGAAGAUAAACAAGUGUGGUUGAAUAGAGAUAAACAGCUGGAAAAAUUGGGUAAAUCAGUUGUGAAAUCGAAUGCAACUCUUGUGAUAUGUCCAGCAUCAUUAAUACAUCAAUGGAGGACAGAAAUAGAGAGACGAUGUAAGCCAGGUCUUCUACGCGUCUGUCUCUACCAUGGUCCUAACAGGGAAUCUAAUGUACUCAAGUUGGCAAGUUAUGAUGUAGUGUUAACAACAUACAAUAUAAUAGCUAAAGAAGUGGAGGUAGAUGACAAUGAUAAAAAUGGUGAACAGCCUGUAAAAGAUGAUACUGACGAUAAGCCUGAGGGAGAGGAAAACAAACUUGAUGAAGAUAAGACUAGGAAGUUAAUGCCUAAUGUAAUGAGGAUAGCCUGGGAGAGAAUUAUUUUAGACGAGGGACAUAACAUCAAAAAUCAUAAAAGUUUACAGUCACGUGCUGUAUGUAGACUGAGAGCAGGCUUCAGAUGGGCUCUAACAGGAACACCUAUACAGAAUGAUCUGCUAGAUAUGUACUCGUUACUGAGGUUUUUAAGAUGUUCACCAUUUGAUGAAUAUAAAGUCUGGAAACGUCAAGUAGACACCGGAAGUUCUACAGGACAGAACAGACUGAAUGUACUGGUGAAAAGUUUAUUACUGAGAAGGACAAAAGCUCAAACUUGUGCCGAGGGUAAACCACUGGUUCCCUUACCAGAGAAGAUGUCUACAAUACAUGAACUAGAAUUAUCCGAGCAGGAGAGACAAGUAUAUGAUAAAGUGUUUGCACAGUCAAGGUCUGUUUUGAAGGAAUAUUUAAAGAGACAUGAAGAUAAGGAAAUGUUAAAGGAUGAUUAUGUCUCACCAAAAUCUUCAAAUCCUUUUAUGGAUAAGAAAUCUCCAUCUAGCCUGGUACCUGGUUCUAGUACGUCAGGAACCCAGUCAGUUGUUGGGGAAACCAGUACUGGUGUCAAGCCAACAGCACAGCAUAUUCUAGUCAUGUUGCUACGGUUACGACAGUGUUGUUGUCAUCUUAGUCUUAUGAAAGAUGCUGUAGAUGAAGAGACACAGGAGAAUGAGGGACUAGAGAUGACAUUAGAGGAACAAAUGAUGGACCUAAUGCUGAAUGAUGAUACAGACAAACAACCAACUGUGAAAAAAUCAUCACAAUUAUUUGAAAAAGAGGCACUCAGUACUAAGAUGCAGGCAUUGAUGAACGAGCUGAAGGAAAUUCACAGACCAACAAAGUCAAAAGAUAAAUGUAAAAGUGUGGUGGUAUCACAAUGGACAAAGAUGUUGGAUAUUGUAGCUGUUCAUCUACAGAAACUAAAGAUACGAUGUUCAGUUAUACAAGGUAAUAUACCAGCCAAGAAAAGAAUGGAGGCUGUAGAUCGGUUCAACAAUGAUGCGGACGGUCCCGAGGUGAUGCUCGUGUCGCUACGUGCUGGAGGGUGUGGUCUUAACCUGAUUGGUGGAAAUCAUCUCUUUCUGUUAGAUAGUCACUGGAACCCGGCUCUGGAGGACCAGGCCUGUGACAGAAUCUAUCGAGUAGGACAAAAGAAAAAUGUCUACAUUCACAGAUUUUUAUGUAAAGAAACUGUGGAAGAAAAGAUACAGCAAUUACAGAAAAGGAAAACAGAUUUAGCUAAAAGUGUUCUUACUGGGGGAGCAAUGAACAAGAACAAACUUACAUUAGCAGAUCUGAGGAUGUUAUUUGGAGUUUGAUUCAACAACAAAUCAACUGUAUUGGAUAACCACAGAGUGAAAUUAUCUUCUCUUAUAUUGACAAUAUAAAAAUGAAAUUAGACCAGCGUUUAUUCAGUCCUAAUUUGAGCUGCAUCAUGACAAAACCAACAUAAUGCAUUUGCGACCAGCAUGGAUCCAGACCAGACUGCGCAUCCGUGCAGUCUGAUCAGGAUCCAUGCUGUUCGCUAUCAGUUUCUCUACUUGUUAUAGAGUUUGUAAGCGAACAGCAUGGAUCCUGAUCAGACUGUGCGGAUGCGCAGUCUGGUCUGGAUCCAUGCUGGUGGCAAACGCACUAUGUUGGUUUUGUCAUGGCACGGCUCAUAUAAUAUAUACAUGUCUUGUUGUAAACUAUGUUGUGAUGUGUUUUUGAUAUAUCAGUGAACUUUCCAUACUCAUUGUAAAAGAUUAUUGCAAUUGAUUUCAAACCAUGAAUUUGAAGAAAUCAAUAAAUAUUUAAUGUUAUUGUUAAAGGAGCGCGCUUCCAGAUUCAUGCUAAUUUUCAUUAAAAUUUUGAAAAUAUAUUUAAAAAAUAAAAUAUUGUGUAGUGAACAUAAAAAUAAUUUGCACAUUGCAAAUGGCACUUACAACCAAUGUAAAUUACCAAAAAAAAUUAGUCAAAAUGUGCAAAAAUAGCCCUUUUGCAGUAGAAAUAUGGUGAAAAAUAUGGAAAUUUUUUACUUUUAUCUUGAAUCUUUUUACUUUUCUUUAAAGCUCAGUUCAUUUUUCUUGAGUUUGUUUUUCUUGAAAUAUUUUGGCUCGUCUGGAGGCAUGCACCUUUAAUAGAGAUCUAGAUUACAUAUGUCAUAUGUUACUAUGAUGUUGAUAACAAAAAUGUGAUUUUAAUCAACAUAAAUAGAAGAUAUUCAAUGAGUGUAGGUUUAAUACUAAAUGUAUUGAACAAGUUGAAUAAAAUCAUAUUAUGUGAGCCUCUGGCGAGCAUAAUAUUGUUUAAUUCGAGUUCAAUAAAUUUAGUAUUGAAUUGACACGAAGAUAAUAUUCUAUUUAUCACAUAUAUAAGAUAAGAACGGUAAACUGUUAAAAAGAGUCAUUUUUCAUUGACAUGCUUAUAGUAUAAUGCUAACAUUAGCGCGCUUUAUUUAACGCUAUGUUUAUAUAUAGCGCAAAUGACGUCACAUCAAAAUGUUAUUACACUAUAGUCUAAUAUCGUUUUUAUUACAUGGCUUUAUUACACUCCCGCGCACCGUUUAUGUGAUAAUGUAUUGUAUCAUCUAUUGUAUCAUGUAAUGUUUAAUAUUUAAACAUAGAUGUGAUAUUGGUGACACUUUCUUGAUACCAAUCUUAAAGAUAUCAUUUUGAUUGAUAGAGUUGUUAACAACUAUUUCAUGUUAUUGUAUAAUCAUUGUAUGCCAGUAUUUGUUGAACAACACAUGUGUACAGUAACAAGUCAUUAGUUAUAUAGUUCAAGAUUUUGUAAUGAAGUUUGCAACUUUAUUUUAACAAUGUUGAAGUAUGUGUUUGUACCCAGGCUGAGUGAAUCACUUUGAUCUUAUAAGUUGUUAGUUUAAAUCCCACAAUGGACAUUAUACUAUUUAGGAAGCAUUCUUUUAAUGCACUGCCUAUACUUUGAAGGGUUUUUAGAAACACUACAAUAACUGUCAACUGCAUUGAAACUAAGGGUAUUAGGCUCAAACCCGAGUAGGGCCAACUUAUUUUCUUUAUUUUUUCAGCCUAUAGAUUUCAAUUAAGGGACAUUUUUAAUGAGGCAAUGUUAGCAAGAAAAUUUUAAACCAAGCGUUUAAAAUGUGUGUUACUGUAUUAUACAGGUUUCAAACAUUAUGACUAGAAACAAUCAUUUAGCUUAUGUGGUUUGUUGACUUAGCUUUAUUUUGUUUUUCUUAAAGGGAAUGGAAAUAUUUUUUGACACUAGUGUAUCAUUUGAUUUAGGUCUCACUCUGGUAUAAUAACUUUUGUGCAAAAUUUCAUAUCAUAGUUUUCACAGAAUAAUUACAAUGUAUUCAUAUUGUGCAAAAUGUCCAAAACAUGAAAGCAUUGCAUCACUUUUACCCAAUCAGGACCAGGUUAAAAAUUGUGCAAAAUAUCAAUUUUAACUCUGAGUAUAUUAUAAUGUUUGAAGGUUUUCCAAUUUUUAAGUGAAUCUCUUUAUCUAUGCAAGAAUUUCGAAUUUCAUAUUUUUAUAUGCCUGAAAGAAUUUCGGGCAUAUUAUGUUAUACCCCCUGGCGUCCGUCUGUUAGCAAUUUGGUUUCUGGAGCAUAACUUAAGUUCCAUUUGGCCCACAGAGUUCAAACUUCAUAGGAUGUUUGUCCAUUUUGGGUAGAAGACCCCUAUUGAUUUUGGGGUCACUAUUACCUUAAAACUGAAAACAGUUUCCGGAGCAUAGCUUAAGUUCCAUUUGGCCAACAGUGUUCAAACUUCAUAGGAUGAUUGUCCAUAUUGAGUAGAACACCCCUAUUGAUUUUGGGGUCACAAGGUCAAAGGUCAAGGUCACUACUUUAAAGCUGAAAACAAUUGCCGGAGCAUAACUUAAGUUCCAUUUGGCCCACAGUUUUCAAACUUCAUAGGAUGAUUGUCCAUAUUGGGUAGAACACCUCUAUUGAUUUUGGAGUCAAAGGUCAAGGUCACUGUUACCUUAAAACUGAAAACAGUUUCCAGAGCAUAACUUAUGUUCCAUUUGGCCCACAAUAUUCAAACUUCAUAGGAGGAUUGCUAUUUGAAGGAGGUAAUACUUUAUUUAAUUCCCAUGUCUUAAAAUUACUUCAUCCUUACUAAAAAAAAUUACACACUUUCGGGCAUAUAAUUCUCUGCCUAGCGGUGCUCUUGUUAGCUUUUGUUACAACAUUGAAUAGGAAUAACAUGUUUUAUAAGGAUGAUAUUAAAGAUUAUUUUAAAGUUUUCUUAUUUCUGAAAAAGGGCUCAUGUAAUGUUUUAUUUUUAUAUUCAAAAUAGUGUUCAUAAGUCAAAAACCGCACGGCAAAUUUUGUUUUGCAUGCAGGUGUCCAAUAAGAAAUGCAGCACAACAAUGUUGACACGUUAGCCCAUGCCUGAUAUAAUAAACCACAUAAAAUAACAAUGUUGAUGUCAGUGUUGAUAUGGCUUAUGCAAAAAUUAUGUUGUCUAUUUGUCUACAUGUGUAUAUGUUUGGUGAAAUUUUUAUAUCAUUAUUUAUAUAUUUAUAUCAUGUAUAUAUCUAGUGAAAUAAACGGUGUUGUUUGUACAGCACAACAAACUACA